AUGAAGGUUGGUCUCUCGCUCUGCCUCUUCUUCUUCCUAUCGCUGUUGGGUUGGACACCUUUCGCUGAGUCAAAGAAACUGCCUCUGGGACACUGCUCGGUCUCUGUGAACAUUCAGAAGCUAAGAGAUGGAUUUUCAGGAAUCAAAGCCCUCAUUCAAUAUGAAGAUGGAAGCAUGAACAUCAGGAUUUUAAAGGGAUCCGAAUCUCUUCAAAGCACAGAGCCGGCAGACAGGUGCUGCUUCCUCCGCCACUUACUCAGACUCUACCUGGACAGGGUGUUUAACCACUACAAGACACAAGACUCUGACAUCCUCAGGAAGAUCAGCACCAUUGCCAACACUUUUCUGGGGGUCAAAAGGGACCUCCGGCUUUGCCACGACCACUUGACAUGCCACUGUGGGGAGGAGGCAAGAGAGAAAUUCAGCAGGGUUCUGAAUCAUUUUGAGAAGCUGGAUGCUGAAGCAGCAGCAGUGAAAGCCCUGGGGGAACUGGAUAUUCUUUUGAGCUGGCUGGAGGACAUCGCGUAG